UGUGAUGUGUUUGUGUAUCCUCAGUGUUUUUCUCUCUUGCGUGUUUCAUUGAGUGUAAACGAAGUAUUGUCUCUGUGUAUUUUAGUGUAAAGACGAUGCAGGACACUACAGUGUGUGACAGUAAACAGAGCUUACAGGAGGAUCAAACCUCCACAGAGUCUCUGGAUUCUGUCUGUAACGCUGGAGAACAGCAGCAGAUCCUGCAGACCAAACUGAAGAUGUGUUCAGUUAAACUCAUCGACUGCACGAACCUCAUGAUGAAGAUUAAAACUGAACCAACAGAAAUAAAAACUGAACCAACAGAAGAGGAAGAUCGCACUGAGGAAGAUGAUGAUUUUAUUCCAUCAGAUGUGAAGACUGAUUCAUGUCUGGAUAUAGAAUUAACGUCCUCAACAUCAAAAGAGCGACUGACAGCACAAACUCUUUCCUGCAUCACCUGUGGAAAGACAUUCAGCUCACAGAGACUUUUAGAGAGACAUGAGAGAAAACACACAGAAGAGAAACUCUUCACCAGGUCUGAGAUCAGCUUUACUACCUUACAAGAGAAGAAACUUCAUUCAGAAGACCACAGAGAGAAGAAGAAGAAGAAGAAGCAGUUUCACUGUGAGCAGUGUGGGAGGAUUUGUGUCUCUUCAUCUAAACUAAAUGUUCACAUGAGGACACACAGUGGUGAAAAGCCUUUCUACUGCACUGAAUGUGGAUAUUACUUCAGAACCAAAGAAAAUCUUAAAAUUCAUCAGAGAGUUCACACUGGAGAAAAACCUUUCAAGUGUCCUCACUGUGAGAAGAGAUUUGGCUGUAAUUCUAAACUGAAGACACAUGUGCUUUUACACACCAAUGAGAGACCGUAUCAGUGCAGUGAAUGUGACAAAACCUUUAGGGAUUCAGGUUCAUUAAAAUCACACCAGAAUACUCACAUUAAAGAGAAACUCUAUCAGUGUUCACACUGUGAUAAACGUUACGGUUAUAAAUGUCAUCUGAUAACCCAUCAGAGACGUCAUACUGGAGAGAAACCUUACGUCUGCGCUCACUGUGGAAAGAGCGUCUCUAGUUCAUCUCAAUUAAUAGUUCAUCAGAGAGUUCAUACUGGAGAGAAACCUUAUCACUGUAGUCUCUGUGGGAAGAGUUUUAGUCUAAAGGCUACCUUACUAAGUCACAAGAGAAUUCAUACAGGUGAAAAACCUUUCAAAUGUUCUCAUUGUGACAAGACGUUUACUUGUUUAAGUAACUUAAAAUAUCAUCAGAGAGUUCAUACUGGAGAGAAACCUUAUCACUGUAGUGUCUGUGGGAAGAGUUUUAGUGUAAAUGCUACAUUACUAAAGCACAAGAGAAUUCAUACAGGUGAAAAACCUUUCAAAUGCUCUCAGUGUGACAAGAUGUUUGCUUAUUCAUGUUCCUUAAAAUCCCAUCAGAGAGUUCAUACUGGAGAGAAACCUCAUUACUGUAGUGUCUGUGGGAAGAGUUUUAGUCAUCUCUCAAACUUACUAAGGCACCAGAGACUUCACACAGGUGAAAAACCUUUAAAAUGCUCUUAGUGUGACAAGACGUUUGCUCAGUGAGGUUACUUACAAACCCAUCAGAGAGUUCAUGCUGGUGAGAAACCUUAAAGCCGAAGGUAUACUAGGGACACAUCCAUGACGUCAUUUUCGCAACAGCGCAUGCGUGAGAAAAUACUGAGACUGGACACCCCACUACAAACAAUUACACAAAGGCAAUAAACAGCAUUUGCACACACACUAUUGUUUUUGUACUUUUAUUUUCACUUAUUUCAAGAACAGAAAGCUGUGGAGCAUUUUCGUCACCCUAAUGUUUGAUUCCUGGUCAUUGUUUUCUUCAUGUUUCUUCUAAACUUUGUUUGCCAUGGUGGAUCGUCUACUUUUCUUCACCUAUCCUAAAAAAAUUUAAUGCCGCUUUUCUGUUGCAUAGUACCUCACGGUUUAGUUUAGUUUGGGUCGGGUCAGCUUACUUUUGGGAGCUUUUCCACUGGGUGAAGUACGUAGUCCCCGAUACUUUUUUUAGUACCACCUCGGUUGGGGUUCCAAGCGACCAGAACUGAUACUAAACAUGACACAAAAACACUGUAGAUCACUGAUUGGUCUGAGAGAAUCGUCACUAUCAGCGUCAUUGCUAUUAUGUAAAAGAUUAGUUUUACCUUAGUGCUAGCUUGUGCUGUCUCGUGUGCCAUCUAUGCUCUGUGAUAAGUUGCCAAACUCCCUGUAGCGAUGAAAAAGGUUGAGAAUCAGGAACACAAUACCAGUGUUUUCCAGACUUGCAGUUUGUGGCGGCACAUUCGCGACGUGCAUGUAUGCUGAAUCAGAAUCAGAAUGGGGUGACUUGGAUGUGAGGGAUCCAGAGUGAUUUUAUGAGCCCUUUUCUUCACUCUGGAUGUAUACAGUUCUUGAAGGGUGGGCAGGGGAGCACCAAUAAUCCUUUCGGCAGUCCGAACAGUUCUCUGUAGUCUUCUGAUGUCUGAUUUUGUUGCUGAGCCAAACCAGACAGUUAUAGAAGUGCACAGUACAGACUCAAUGACGGCUGAGUAGAACUGUUUCAGCAGCUCCUGUGGCAGGUUAAACUUCCUCAGCUGGUGAAGAAAGUACAACCUUUGUUGGGCCUUUUUCACAAUGUAGUCAAUGUGAUCAGGUUCUGAGAGAUGGUGGUUCCCAGGAAUCUGAAUAAAUCUACUGCAAUCACAGUGCUGUUCAUGAUGGUGAGUGGGGGAAGUGCAGUGGGGUUUCUCCUAAAGUCCACAAUCAUCUCCACUGUUUUGAGCGUGUUCAGCUCCAGGUUGUUAAGACUUUACCAGACAGCCAGCUGCUCAACAUCUUGUCUGUAAGCAGACUCAUCACCGUCCUGGAUGAGGCCAAUGACUGUAGUGUCAUCUGCAAACUUCAGGAGCUUGACAGAGGAGCUUGACAGAGAGUUGCAGUUGUUGGUGUACAGGGAGAAGAGCAAAGGGUAGAGAACACAUCCCUGAGGGGCACCAGUGUUGGUGGUGCAGCUGUUUUACAUGAAUUUCCCCAGUCUUACUAACUGUUGCCUAUCUGUCAGAAAGCUGGUGAUCCACUGAGAGAUAGAGCUAGGAACAGAGAGCUGGGUCAGUUUGGUCUGGAGGGUUGUUGGGAUGAUGGUGUUGAAAGCCGAACUAAAGUCCACAAACAGGAUCCUCACGUAAGUCCCUGUUUUGUCACACAACUCCAGGGAUCUGUUGAAGAUCUGUGAAAAGAUGGGGGCCAGCUGGUCAGCGCAGAGAUCCAGACAGGCUGGUGUAACGCCAUCUGGGCCUGGUGCUUUUCUUCUUGAGGACCUGGCGCACAUCAUCUUCACAGAUUUGAAGAGCAGGAGGUGUGGAGAGAGAUAUUGCAGGAGGUGUUAAUGGUUGUUUAGGGAGGUGGUCAGAAUGGGUGUUGGGGGUUUCAAAUCUACAAUAAAACUCAUUCAGGUCGUUAGCAAGUCAUUGAUUAGCCUCAGUGCAAGGGGAUGGUGUCUUGUAGUUUGUGAUGGCCCUCAGUCCUCUCCACACUGAAGUUGAGUCGUUGGAAGUUAACUGGUUUUCCAACUUUUUAGCGUAGGUCUUUUUAGCCGCACUGUUCUCUUUGUUCAGUGUGUACCUGGCCUGAUUGUACAAUGCCCUGUCCCCAUUUCUGUAGGCAUCCUCUUUGGCCUGACGAAGAUGUCUGAGUUUUACUGUAAACCAUGGCUUAUCAUUGUUGAAUAUUAAAUAAGUCCUGGUAGGAAUGCAUACAUCCUCACAGAAACUAAUAUAUGAUGUUACGGUCUCUGUGAGUUCGUCCAGAUCGGUGGUAGCAGCUUCAAAAACACUCCAAUCAGUGAUGUCAAAACAAGAUUGUAAAUCCUGCUCUGUUUCGCUGGUCCAUCUCCUCACAGUCCUUACUACAGGUUUAGCAGAUUUAAGUUUCUGCUUGUAGGACGGUAUAAGAUGAACCAGACAGUGAUCAGAAUGUCCCAAAGCUGCUCGUGGAACAGAGUGAUAUGCAUCCUUUAUUGUUGUGUAACAGUGAUCCAAUAUAUUACUGUCUCUGGUGGGACAUGUAACAUGCUGUCUGUAUUUUGGCAGUUCACGGGAGAGAUUGGCUUUAUUAAAGUCCCCAAGAAUGAUUAAAACAGAGUCCAGGUGUUGUUGUUCUGUCUCUGUGAUCUGAUCAGCGAGUUUCUGUAAAGCCAGGCUUACCUGCGCUUUUGGAGGAAUGUAAACACUAACCAGAAUGAACAAGUUAAACUCCCACGGCGAAUAGAAAGGCUUGCAGUUGACAAACUGCACUUCUAGAUCAGGACAGCACAUCUUCUUUAACACCGUUGCAUCUCUACACCAUCGUUCAUUGAUGUAAAAGCAUGUCCCGCCACCGCGCGAUUUCCCCGUUGAUUCGUGAUCUGCUAUGAACAGCUGAAAGCCCGGCAGAUGGAGCGCGCUGUCCGGUAUGGCGUCAUUCAGCCAGGUUUCAGUGAAACACAGAGCAGCAGAGUGUGAGAAAUCCUUAUUUGUCCGAGAGAGCAAAAGGAGUUUGUCUGUUUUGUUGGGUAGAGAAUGGAGAUUUGCCAGAUGGAUGCUAGGCAACGGCGUUUGAAAUGCGCACUUCCUUAGUCUGACGAGCACUCCCACUCGCUUUACCCGUCUGCACGUCCUGUAGCGUUUCAUCAGGGCCGCCGCUCCUCCGAUUACAACGUUCAGUAAAACGUCUGAAUAAUUUAUAUCCGUUAGAUCUUGUGGUGUGUUCUGCCGAAUGUUCAGCAGUUCAUCCCUGGUGAAACUGAUCGUGUUUGUUAAACAAAAAAAAUGAAAAACUAACAAAAACAGGUCAAACACUGGAGACCCAAGCACUGAAGCAGCCAUGCACGGCGCCAUCUUCAGACAUCAACUUAUGAGUUUUACCGGAGCGCGUUAACUGAUGCUACAGGUGAUUGUACAGAAACAUUAAUGUGAGACAGAAGUAGUGUUAAACACGAUGUGCAAACAUCUAUUUUGGUGAUCAAUUUUAGUUUUGUGGCAGACUGAGACAUAACUGAUGUAUGGAAAUGUCCAACAACGCUCUCACUUGUAUGAUGUCACAGCAGUAGGCAGCGCAAACAUAACAACACCCCUAUAAUCCCUCCCACUCUGAAGUAAUACUAACUCGAUGGAAAAGCUAACCAAGCCAAAGUGAAGUGAGCUGACCCGACCUGACUCGCAAAUCUGACGGCCUGGUAGAGUAAUAAUUUGAAUGAGAAAUCAUUUGUAUUGUGUACAUGCCGAACACAGGUGUUUUAUUAUAUAAUUUAUUGGUGGUCUCUCUACCAUGCAUGAAAGCACAUUGUAUCCUGUGCAUUAGACGUGCCAAUGUCUCGUCACAUUUCAUUAUUUCUAUUUUUGCCAUAGAAACAAAGUCAAUACUUUAUAUUUACGCCUACCCUUGACUAGACCUAAGUUAGAGUCUCAGACGUGCGCUACAGCUAGAUGGUGCAACAGGUGUAAAUUCUACGUCUAACAUAAAGCGCAUUUUAUAUCCAGAGUAGUCUUACGACCGGGUUUACACCCAGCUUGAUAGUAAAAUAAGAACAAAUAAUCAAAUGAUGAGCAAUAUCGCAUAUGAAUUCAACAGAACAAACACACAAAUAAAAUAAAACUGUGCUGUUCAGGUUUUUCAGAUUAAUCUAACAGUUCUGUAUUUUGGAGGUAAAGUGCCAAGCUGGUAAAGGUUGUAUGUGUGUAUGUGUCUGGGAGCAAACAUACUGAUCAUAACUAUAUACAAUAGUGUUAAUUCAUGUUGUUUUUCAUAGUUUAUUUACACAUUUAUCUUUUUUUAUCUUUUAAAAGCUAUUUUGUUUUGUGUCAAACUUGUUUAUUUUAUGUCAUUGGACCACAAUGUCAUUAAUUGUUUAUUUAAGAAAGGAACUGUUCAGAUUAUUCAGUAAAUUCUUUGUUCAUUUUUACAAUGACUAUGUUUCCUGACUUCUGCUAUAGGCCUAUUCGCUGGGCUGGUAAAUUAAAGUUUACAUAAUAAUUCGA